CACAUCAGCUGGGCGGCAGUCAGGCCUCCCUCUCCUCAGCUUAACGAGAAGCGCGUGGCUGGCCAUGCCCUGCACAGCACACCGUCCACACACGGCCCUGUGCUGUCUUCUCCCCUCCCGUGCCAGCCCAGCAGCCACCGCUCGGAGGUGCUGCGCUUCUGCCCGAUGGGAGUAAUUUCUGGAAAGAGCGGGGCCCUGGGGGGGGGGAAUGGGAGCGCUACCCUGGCACGGCGAGGGGAACGACCUGGCACAGGGCAGCGAGGUGGCGGAGGUGUGCCGAGGUUCUAGUCCACCCAGGGGGGGAAAGACACUCUGCGUAUCCUCCGAGGCGCUCUCCUUUUGCUGACGCGAAUGAAGGCUCCCUCUUCCUUCAGCGAGGCGCCCCGGCUGAGCCUUGACCCAAGCAAACCGCUGUCGGAGGGGCUGCGGCUCCGCGCACUCCCCUGCCUGCCUUUCCCCCUCCUGCCGUGCCCUCCGGGGCGGGGGGGGGGUGAGAAGAAACGCUCUCGCCUCCUGGGCCUGUUCCUUUAAGGACCUCCCCUCUCCCCGCCUCGCCAAGGACGGUCCCUCCGCCGUUGCCUUCGCUGCAGCUCGCCCGGGCUCUGCUUCCUCGAAGCGGCAGCCCGUCGGCAGAGACGGGAAAGUUUAUGCCGGGCAGGUCCUCCCACCUCGGGGGCCAGCGAAUGAGGGGCUCCUUCCCUCCGCCCCCUGGAGACCGUCUGCGGCCGCGCGGGCUCCCCGGGACACGAUCCUCCGUAGCGCUCGGCGAGAAGCGGAGGAAGGGCGCGCAAGUGGGCGCAUGGCGCUGGUGACGGUCUGUCGCUCCCCCUCCGGGAGUGGCCACUCGACCCCCACCGGCUGCAAGGACGAAGAUGUUUCUUCACGGAGAAGACAGCUGCAGCGACGGCACAGCUUCGUCAUGGUCAAAGGAGCUGCUUUGCUCUUGCAAGAAGAAGAAAAGCUAGAGUCUGUGCAGGAGGGUCCAGCAGCUUCCAUCGACCAGGAGCCGAAGGCAGAGGAUGCUCCAGCCGGACAGCAGGAAGUGCAUUUACAGCAGAUGGUUGGGCUCUUGCGGCCAGAAGACACAAUCCGGCUGGCUGUGAGGCUAGAGUCGGCUCGACCUCACAGAAUCCGGUACCUGUUGGUUGUGUCUGCAGAAAAAGUGGAGAGAAAGAAUGAGACGGUGUUGCUGGGAGUGGACUUCCUAGAAGAAGGUAUGGCUCGAUGCACCCUGGGAAUGGUGCUACCCCUCUGGAGUGAUACCCAGGUCUUUCUGGAUGGCGAUGGGGGCUUCAGUGUUACAUCCGGGGGACAAACCCGUAUCUUUAAGCCCAUCUCGGUCCAGACCAUGUGGUCGGCACUGCAAGUGCUACACAAGGCCUGUAGCGAAGCCGUCUGCAACAAUCAUUUCCCAGGAGGCAGUGCUUUGAACUGGACAGAGUGGUAUCAGAAGGCGGUGAACUCCGAGCAGAGCUGCAUUCAUGAAUGGCUAGCCAUGUCCGACUUGGAGUCUGUGCGCCCCAGUUCUCCUGCAGCCUUCUCUGACCAGCGAACAGCUCAGGAGAUGACAGAGCGAAUGAUCCGGGCCAAGCUGCGUGAGGUGAUGGCCACCACCGACCUGGAGAACAUCACCUCCAAGGAGAUCCGUGCAGAACUGGAGCGGCGAGCUGGCUGUAGCCUGAAAGACUACAAGGAGUUUAUUGACAAUGAAAUGCUGCUCAUUAUGGCUCAGAUGGAUCGGCCCUCCAGGAUCUUUGACUACCUCUUCCUGGGCUCUGAGUGGAAUGCAGCCAACCUUGAGGAACUCCAAAAGAACAGAGUCACCCACAUACUUAAUGUGACCCGUGAGAUUGACAACUUCUUCCCAGACCAGUUCACUUACAUGAAUGUGCGGCUGUAUGACGAGGAGACCUCCCAACUGCUACCACACUGGACAGACACCUACAGCUUCAUUUCAGAUGCCCGGACACGAGAUUGUCGAGUGCUGGUUCACUGCAAGAUGGGUGUGAGCCGCUCAGGCUCCACGGUGAUUGCCUAUGCCAUGAAGGAGUAUGGCUGGUCACUGGAACAGGCCCUUGGCUAUGUGCAGGAGCGGCGCCCGAUCGUCCACCCCAAUCCGGGCUUCAUGAGACAGCUAGAGUUUUACGAGGGCAUUCUGGAUGCCAGCAGGAACAGUAGCCUGUGGGAACAGAAGGUUGGAGAUACCCACUCAGAAGGCUCUCCGGAUAUAAGUGAUGCCAGCAGUGAUCUUUCAGGAAGCCCAGAUUAUGAGACUCUCAGCUCAGAAGAAGACUCUGUGGAGCCAGUGACAACCCCCCAGUAUUGCUUUCGACCUUUGAGGGAACCGCCUGAAGAACCCAGCCACCCUCUUGACAUCCCUCAAGGCCCCCAACUUGGCCUUCAGGCAACAGAGGAACCUGGGGCAUCAGAUGACUCAGGAGCUGAAGAAGUGCGAAGACAUUUGGCUACCAUGAGAGUACCUGAGAAACCAGCCACACUUCGACGGGAGCGCAUUAAUCUCUAUGCUGUCAUGCGCAGCAUCAGUGAGAUGGAUAGCCCAGAACUCAUCCCUGUGCCAGUAGAGAGUGCCACUGAGGAAGAGGUAUUUCUUCAUGCUGAGAAGAAGACCCCUGUGAACUCUGAACUAUCUUCUCAAAAUGAGGAGAAUUUAAGUUCAGCAACUGACUCUACAGCUAAGAGGUCCUUGCCAAGGGUAGAGCAGGCACAUGGUCGCAGGCCUAGGCAAUGUGGGCGUAGGGCUUCUCGGGGCCAUUCCCAGCCCUGCAAGCAGCUCUCAUAUCACCCAGCAUCAGGUAGGGUGCGGAAAGUUGUCCGGCACAUGGAGGGUCCUGUCCCAUAUGCCCGGAAGCCUGCUUUGCAGCACCGCCUCUCUGUGGCUCAGUUGGCAGAUGCUGCUCUAGUGGUGAGUCGGACCAAAGAGUUUGAAGGACAGACAGAUCCUGAAAGUCCUCAAAAGCUUCCAUCGCCGCCUUCAAAAAAUUCCCAACCUGGAGAAAACACUGCCCUCUGUUCCGUGCCUUCCUCCCGGACUCGGCGGAUGGUACGUCAGGCCAGUGUUGACAUGGACCCCAGCUUAGGAUGAACAGUCACUGCCUUUCUCCUCUUCAAUGUCAUUCAGUGGAGCAAUUCAUGCAGCACAAAGGCUAAACAGAGGUGUUUUCCUUUAUACUGGAGUCUUCCUCCUGCAUAAGCAUUAAUGGCAUUUAGCCAUCAUGAACACUAUCGGAGGGGAGCACAGGGCACAGGAAGAGAAGAAAAAUGCGUCAGUAGACAGAAAUAUUUUACAUGUUCAUCUCCACCCCUUUCCUUGAGGAGCAAAACCAGCAUUUUUAUGGGGCACUCCUUCCGUCCACUUGUCUUAGACCUCUUAAUAACCUCUGAACCUGUACAGCUUUGGAUUCUACAUCCUGCAGACCAGUUCUGCUCACGUCUUUAGCUUGUAUUGGAUGCCACAGGGCUUUUGGACAUGGGACCAGGGCAAGAGCUCACACUGUGAUUGAGAAGGAGCAAUUGGCCCCUUCUUAUUUUUGCACACAGAUACACUCAUUGUGUCAUUGCCAGCUUCGCUCUGCCUGAAAAUAAAGAGUUUUCUCACUUUUCCA